AUGACUGGGCUGCCUCUCCUGCUGCUGUUGCUUUUCUGGCUCCUGCCUCCAACUUCUACUAAGAAGAUGGAAGCUGGGUGUGUGUUGACAAACCCUUACCAGAUUCAGGAAGACUAUUACAGGCCUGGUGAUUUCAUUAUUGGUGGGAAUUUGUUCAUGAAUACCAUUAUUUCCUCCACCAUCCUAGACUUUACAAAGGACCCAUACCGGAUUCCAGUUAAUAUUUUAUUCCUGUCCAAGAACUACCAGCAGUUCUUGACCUUCAUGUUUGCAGUCGCAGAGCUCAAUGAGGAUUUGGUUCUCCUUCCCAACAUCACACUUGGCUUCCAUAUUUAUAAUAAUGGGCAGGCAGACUUGUCGGUAUCCUUAAAGAGCCUCUCUCUCCUCUCCACAAGAGGCCAAAGUAUCCCAGGUUAUAAAUGUGACAGGCAGGACUCUCUGCUCUCUGUCAUUGGUGGUCUCAGUGCCAAAUCCUCAAGGCAGAUGGCCUCCAUCUUCAGCACCUUCAAGGUUCCACAGAGGUGCCAGGCAGGAGAAAGGAGAAGCGUUCCAGAGGGCGAGCAGGUUUGCUGCUACCAAUGUAACCCUUGUCCAGAAGGGUCCAUUUCUAAUCAGACAGAUGCAUCAGAAUGUGACCCCUGCCCAGAAGACCAAUAUCCCAACAAAGACAAGUACCGGUGCAUUGCCAAGAAGCUCCACUUCCUUGCCUAUGAAGACAGCCUGGGAUACACUUUAGUCUCUCUCACACUGUUUCUCUCUGUAAUCACUUCUGCAGUUCUGGUGAUUUUCCUUAAGCAUCGCAAUACACCAAUCGUCAAGGCCAACAACCGAGAUCUCACCUACAUCCUCCUGGUCUCCCUCCUGCUCUGCUUCCUCUGCUCUUUCCUCUUCAUUGGUCAACCAGGGAAGGUCACCUGUCUCUUACAACAAUCUGCCUUUGCCAUUCUCUUUUCCCUUGCAGUUUCCGCUGUGUUGGCAAAAACGGUCAUGGUGGUUCUGGCCUUCAUGGCCACCAAGCCAGGGAACAGCACCAGGAAACUCUUAGGAAAGCCAUUGACCAACUCCAUUGUCUUAGGCUGUCCCCUUGUCCAAGUACUUCUUUGUGCCCUCUGGAUUGUAACCUCUCCCCCAUUUCCCAACUUCGACUUUCACUCCUUGUUUGGAGAGAUCAUCUUGGAAUGCAAGGAAGGCUCAGCUUUAAUGUUUUAUACUGUCCUUGCCUACCUGGGUUUUUUGGCUUUCAUCAGUUUCACGGUGGCCUUUCUGGCUAGGAAAUUGCCUGAUAGUUUUAAUGAAGCCAAAUUCAUCACUUUCAGCAUGCUGGUCUUUUGCAGCGUUUGGAUCUCCUUCCUCCCCACCUACCUGAGCACCAAAGGGAAGUCCAUGGUGGCCGUGGAGAUCUUCUCCAUUUUGGCCUCUGGGGCUGGUCUCUUGGCUUGCAUCUUUUUCCCCAAAUGCUACAUUAUCCUAUUCAGGCCCCAUCUGAAUUGUAGAGAAAAUAUGAUAAGAAACAAGAAUUCCUAA